UACAUGGAGAGAGGUGUGGACUGGCUAACAGGUGAAGUCAUCCCAAACUGCAGCCAGGAAAACACACACACACAAUAAAAAGGUUUCCCCACCUUUAUAUGACACAACUCAUGUCUGAAAGAGAUCAUCUGGUCUUGCUUCACAUACCCAGCAGCAGCAGGAAAGAGACAGCAACAACAUGUACAGAUAACUUCUCUGAGGAGCUGCUAUCAAGCCACCGAUCUUCCAAGCACCUGCUGAGAUCCUCUACCCCCAGCCUGGUCAGUGAGGUCUGUAUCAUGGAUAAAAGCCUAGACAACCCAGCCUUCACCUCUCUUGCUGAAGUGGGGUUGAAGCCAGUUGAUAAUGGGAAAGUAGCGGUGAAAGAAGAGCCAGCACAAGACCACCAUGCCAAAGAGGAGUUCAGAGAGGGACCCUGUGGAUGGGGAAGUUUUACACCAAGGUUCCUGCAAUGCUGUAACAAUCCCAUAGGAUAUUUAGUGAUGUACAGCCUGCUGGCAGUUAUGGAAGGUACCGCGGUCAAUGGCUUGGUAAAUGUCGUUAUUUCCACUAUUGAGAAACGUUAUGAUUUGAAUAGUUCCCUUACCGGGUUAAUCUCCGCCAGCUACGACAUUGCAUUUUGUCUUUUGUCACUUUUCGUGUCUUUUUAUGGACAACGAGGACACAAACCAAGGUGGCUUGCCUUUUCAGCUAUAAUGAUUGGAUUGGGAGCAAUAGUUUUUUCAUUGCCUCAUUUUACUAGUGGAAGAUAUGAGUUUGGGAACAAAUAUAAUGAUUUCUGCACAGCAUCAGGAAACAGCAGUAGUACGGAGAUCUGCACUGGCAAAAACUAUUCCCAUCUAUCAAACUACCUCUACGUCUUUAUUUUGGGUCAGCUGCUAAUGGGAGUCGGAGGAACUCCCUUGUAUACACUAGGAAUUGCAUUUUUUGAUGACAACCUUCCAACCCAUAAAUCCUCAUUGUACAUAGGUAUUGCAUAUGGAAUGGGUAUAGUGGGCCCUGCAGUUGGAUAUUUGAUAGGUGGAGAGCUGUUGGAUAUUUACAUUGAUUUUGAAAAAUUAUCAAGUGUUCCACUUUUGUCAGAUGACCCCCGAUGGCUUGGUGCAUGGUGGACUGGAUUUUUAAUUGUAGGGCUAGUGACAUGGCUACUGAUCGUACCUUUCUCCUGCUUUCCAAAACACUUACCAGGUACUGCUGCAAUACAAUCUCAAAGGGUUUCACAAGCUCAUGACAAUGGAAGUGAAAAUAUUGUUGAAGACAAAAAUAUUGGUAACAAUUUCAAAGAUUUUCCUUUGGCACUCUGGCUGAUGGUGAAAAAUCCUGUUCUCAUGGCUGUAACAUUUGCCAGCUGUGCCGAUGCAUUUAUCACUACUGGUUUUGCAACAUUUCUUCCCAAAAUUAUUGAAAACCAAUUUUCACUAACAUCAAGCUUUGCAGCAAUUCUGGGAGGUGGUAUACUAAUUCCAGCUGCAGCCAUUGGACAAAUUGUAGGUGGCGUAAUUAUAUCAAAAUUCAAGAUUGAAUGUAAAAAUACCAUCCGGUUCUCAAUUAUAAUGUCAUUUAUAUCAGUGGCACUAACAUCAGUUUUUAUAUUUGCGAAGUGUGGUAAUGAACCAUUUGCAGGUGUCUCCGUAAGUUAUAAUGGAACGGAAAUAAAUGGUGAUCUGGUGGCCCCAUGUAAUAGCAACUGCUCCUGUGCCCGCUCAUUUUAUGAUCCAGUUUGUGGUGCUGAUGGAGUCCAGUAUUUUUCGGCAUGUUAUGCAGGAUGUCAUUCCCAAUCCUUCUCCAGCAAUAAUGAAAAGAUUUAUUCUAAUUGUUCCUGUGUUGGAAACUCAGCUGGGAAAGCAGCUGAACAUUCAUUAUUUUUAAAUGUGACAGAUGCUACGCAUGGAAAAUGUAAAUCCAGCUGUAAGAACCUGAUACUGUUUAUGGCGUUUUUCUUCUUAUUGGUUUUUACCACCUUUAUGAUUGCAACACCUAUAACAAUGGCCAUAAUAAGGUGUGUACCCGACAAACAGCGGUCAUUUGCUCUAGGUGUCCAAUGGACACUUAUCCGAUUAUUAGGUUCUAUUCCAGGACCAAUAGUAUUUGGAGUUGUCAUAGACAGCAGUUGUAUUCUAUGGAACGUAAAUGAAUGUGGCAGUAAGGGAGCAUGCUGGACCUACGAUAACUCAAGUAUAUCUUACAAACUGAUUGGCAUCAGUGCAGCAAGCAAACUCAUCACAAUCAUUUUCCUUUUUAUUGCAUAUUUUACAUAUAAACCUCCACUGAGUAAACCUGACUCAUCACAAGGCAACACCAAGAUCAUAUCCUCAGAAGCACUUUAAUGGAAUAUUGCACAGCAAUAACCACAGAUCUGUAUGGACUUAUUGAUGUAUAUAAAUUAUUUUGUGAAUAAAGCAAAUCAUUUAGAGAUAUGACAAGGUUCUUCUUUAUAGACGGGCCAAAUCAAUAAGAUUUAAAAAAAUGUGGAACAAAAAACACUUUUGUUGUAGGACAUAUGUGAAAAAAAUUAGGUCUUGAUAAAACAAAAUGUUUUGCGUUUCUUCAAUAUGUUUAUUAGAAGAUUUAUUUAAAGGUUAUAUUAACUUAUUCAGGUCAGAUCUUUUAUACAUACCUACUUUUAAAAAAGCAUUCCAGUGAGAGCGUGAAAAUCUAGCAGUGUGGGUACUAUUGCCCUUAGGCAGUACUUACCGCUUUCACCUUGAGCUGCGGCUUCAUGGUCUUUGGCACUUUCACGGUAACCAGAUGUUUGGAGGAAACAGGCACUGGGGCUACAUGACAAACAGGCAAUCAAGACAUGUACUCCCUUCUCACAAGAGGGAAAGGAGACACAUAAGUGGUGACUGCAUUCUUCACCGGAUGAGUAACUGAUCCUCAUUAGCAUAAAGCCUUAGCCAUUUGUCACAUAUCUAGUGCUCUUAAACUGAGCGUGUACCACGAGCCAUGUGAGGAUCACUGAACUGACACUAGCAAAGGAGGUUAUACAGACACACACAGAAUGAUUACUCACUAUUGUCACUUUGCUGGGAUGGGCUACAGCUCCUGUACAAGAAACCAAGCAGCCUGUCGGCUCUACCAAAACUACUGUAACUAUUAGUGGGUAGCAGUGGUGGAACUUGUGAGUGGUGGGCCCAAGUGCAAAAAUAUGCUUUGGGCUCCCCUCCUCCACUCCACACAGUUCACAAUAUGCCACAUGGCAGACAGUGAUGGAAAGAGGGUGAUGGGCAAGGGGGCAAGCAGAGGAUGGGAGGGAGAAGUAGUGGGCGAUGGAGAGGGUGACGGAGAGAGUAACAGGGUGAGACAGGGUGCCUGGGAGUAGGUGACAAGCAAAAGGUGACAGGGAAAAGCAAUGAGUGAUAGGGAGAGGGUGGCAGGAGAGAGGGUGACAUGAAAAGCAGUGGGUUACAGGGAGAGGGUGACAGUAGGAAGCAGUAGGUGACAGGUAGAGGAUGACACAGAGAGGUUGACAGGGAGAGGCAGAGGGUGAUGGAAAGUGGAUGACAGAGAGACAGGGUGAAGUAGAGUGGGUGAUGGGGAGAGGCAGUGGAUGAUGGAGAAUGGGUGACAGGGAAAGGCAGAGGGUGACAGGGAGAGGGUGAUAAGCAGAGGGUGACAGGGAGAGGUUGACAGAGGAUGAUGAAAGGUGGGUGAUGGAGAGAGGCAGCAGGUGACAGGAAUAGAAUGACAGGGAGAGACAUAGGGUGAUGGAGAGUGGGUGACGGGGAGAGGCAGUGGAUAAUGGGGAGAGGGUGACAUGGAGAAACAGAGGGUGACAGGGAGAAGCAGUUGAUGACAGAGGGUGAAUGGUAAAAGCAGAGGGUACAUGAGGUCUCUGUAGAUGGGAGAAAAGGGGGUAAAUUGGGUUAAAAGGGAUCAUUGGGACAUAAACAGGAAAGUAUCAGUGGAGGAGGCAAGCAGAAAAAAACAAGGGGGUUUAACAAAAGAAAGCAGAGGAAAGAAUGUUAGGGGACAGAGAGAGAGAGAGGAGAGAGAGAGAGAGAGAGAGGUGUGAGGGAGAAGGAGAAACAACAGAGGGGAGAGAGAGAGAGAGAGGGAGGGAAGAGAGCAUAUGCUGUGAUUGAGGAACUAACCCUUCACCCACUCCACAAUGAUCGUUGUGCAUGCAAAGAAGCAGGUGACUACAGAUGUGUCCACUUAUAUCUAGCAUCCCUGCACAUUUAGCAGCCCUUCUAGUCACACAAUGCUGUGGCGUAAAUUGGUAGCAAUCAGUGUCUUUUUGUUUGACUUUUCCAACUAUAAUGCAUAAUUAACAAAACAAUGUGAAUAGGAUGCACAUACAGCUUUUGCUGAUUAAAAUGAUAUGAGGCAUGCCUAUACUCUAUACAACCGCUGCUGUAUCUGCAUAGGAAAUGCUACGUAGCAUUUCAUAUGCAGUUACAGCCGCAGUUACACACUGCAUAUAGGCAUGCAGCAUAUUAUAUUAAUCAGCAGAGUCUGCUUGUGCAUCUUAUUUGCACAGUGAUUCAAAUAAGACACAUUUUUGGCAAAAAAGACACCCAAUGCUAACGGAGAUGCACGGGACAUGUCAGCUCACUCAUGCCAGCCAUCUCCUGCUGCGUUGCAUAUUGAGGCAAGAUGUAUGACACAUCUGUAUUUUCCUCUGGCCUAUACAGCAGCUGCAAAGCCUGGGACCAACAAGCGAUGUGACAAGGUAGGCUCUUCUUUCGCACCAUGGCCAAUCACUAGAUUGUGAUGUCGUGCCCUGGCAACAACAGCCGAGCAUCACUGAGUCUGGUGGGAGCAGCUGAGAGGUAAUGGAAGGAGAAUAGAGUGAGAGCAGCUCCUCCUCCCCCUCAAGCCAGUCCCAGACCUUGACCACUGUCAAUCACCAUGUUUAGCUUCCAUGUUCAUACCAGGGUAGGCAGUGGCUGUGUUGAGUCUAGACACUGGUGGAGGGCACCUUCAACAGUGAGGAAGGUGAUGAUGAGUCUGACAUGUUCCAAAUGUGAUAAUGAAUAACAACACUGUUAGCUGCCUUAAGCUCAUUGGUAGCUUGCUUUUGGAGGGGCAAACAAACCAAGCACUUCAGUCACAAAAGUGAAAGUUCCUGUCACUGAAGUUUGUUAAACUGUUCAUGUCCUUUUUAAUAAACAACAUCAGGGCAGAUGGGAGGGUCCAAGGACAAUUCUAUUGUGCACCACUUUUAUUUUCAUUAUGGGCUCUAAUUUUGGGGUUCAUUGGUGAAGGUAUUCUGUCUGUCACAAGUUUAUCCUUUACCAGCUCAAGCUUUGUUCUUAUCAUGCUGUUUUGUGUGUGUUUGA